GCCUUGUGCUUAGUGGAAGAAGUCAAAGAGGAGGCUUUCACAAGAGUGCCUGAUUUGCAUCUCAAAUAAAGGGCGAGGGACUGAAUGAAGGAUUGUCUUGCUCUAACCAUAAAGCCAUUUUAUCAUCAGCCUUCAACUGUCAUUCUGUGUGUGCGGAUGUGAAAGUUGUAUCUGCCUUACUGCAGGGAAGUGGGACAGCAGUGAUGAGAGAAAAGCUGAAUCAUUUUCAUCUGUAAAGAAAUCAGAGGGUAGUUUCCUGCAAGCUCUCAGAGCACAAGUGGACCAUUUGUACUAUUGAAGGAAAAUUUACCACUAGUGUGCAAUCAUGAUGCAGAUAUCAGAUACCUACAACCAAAAGCAUUCCCUGUUCAAUGCCAUGAACAGAUUCAUCGGAGCUGUGAAUAAUAUGGACCAGACUGUGAUGGUUCCCAGCUUGCUGAGGGAUGUGCCUCUAGAUAUGGAAGUGAAGGAUGAGGUUCACAACACCAUUGGGGCCACAAAUUAUUUCUCCCGGACAGACAUGCACGGCUAUUAUAUCCUGCUGAAAUCCAUUCGAAAUGACAUAGAGUGGGGUGUCGUACAGGGAGAGGACAGGAAAAAGGACAAACUCUCCAACAUGGAAAUCAGCAGGCUGGAGGAUGGAGACGGGGAGGAGGACCUGGAAAAGCAGUUCCACUAUCACCUGAGUGGACUCCACACAGUCCUUAACAAACUCACCAGAAAAGCCCAUAUUCUUACUAACAGAUAUAAAGAAGAAAUUGGGUUUGGCAGUUGGGGACAUUGAUAACUGUAGCCUUUCAUUUUUGUACCUGUUUUAUUAAUGUUUUUUUUUUAUGGUAUUUUCUGGGGUAUGUGGGAUAGUUUCCUUUUUCAUUUUUGUAUGCCAUUUUGUGCUGCAGACCAGUGCAUAAAGGACUUGGGAGGAUUUGUUUAGACUGGUAGAUUAUGUUUUAUUACAUAGAGCACUGCAUUUAUAAGACAGUACUGGCUCAGUUCACUGUUUUAAUUCAUUCAUUCAAGGGACAGUACUAUCUCCAUUCAAUACAGGCAGUUCAGCAGCUGCUAAAAGUAAGCAAUCUGCACAGAAAAAAAUAAUUGUUUGAAAGAGGGAACAUUUGACAUUUUGUAAAGCAUUUUUCAUUCUUUUUGCAAAAGCACAGAGUAUCCUAAAAUAUGAGAUUAUCUCCUGUAACAUAAGGCUCUGACUAUUAUCAUGUGUUAUACCACAUGCCUCCCUUUCUACCACCAUUGCUGCUAAACCAACAACAUGAAGAAUAGCCUGAACAGCAGUGCAAAGUUAAUACAAGUAUAACUUCUGUAUUAAUGAUCUAUGGAGUCUCCUGUUAUAUUGGGGCAUGCAAGAUGCAUUUGCUGAUUUGCUUGAUUAACUGUGGCAGCCUUUCAUAAUGAUUAUAGUUAAGGAUAAUAUAUUAGUCUUUUGCCAAAGUUAAAUACAGAAAGAUGUAACCAAGAUAGAAAUAUGUAUAGGAUGAUGCUAAGAUUUUUUUUCUCUGUUGAUAGAAGAGCCGGUGAAUGCUGCAUGGGGUGUGGUAAUCAUGGCAAUUCUAGUGCAGAUUGCAUCACUCUGUUCCUGGUUUGCACUACUUUUUUUUUUUAAGAAAAGACUGUGUACAUACAUUAUGUGCUGCAUAUUUUGCACUAUUAUAGGAAAGUUUACUAUUUUGCUCUGCCUGAGACCAUGAUUAGCAGGUGCAAAACCUGCUGUAGUCUCCUUAUUACAUGUACUGGCUUCACAUUCCUUUGUGUGAUUAGGGCAGACAUCUUUUAUUGUCUUUCAUGGUCUGUGAUGAUUUAGCAAAAUCCAAAUCCAAGGACGCAGCUGAGGCUAAUAUUAAGCCAAUGACCACAGAUUUCUUCAUGAGGAACUAAAUGAUACAUCUGUUCCAAUAAGGUGUUGAAAGGGUUCCUUGUCCUACGCAAAAUAUAAAAUAUAUAUGUAUAUGAUAUUUUAAUAAACUAAACAAAUAUGCAUUGACUAAAAA